GCUGGUUAACGUUCCACCAACAACGGUGUCUUUCGAAGCGAGUGCGCCGUACAUUGCAGCCAUUUCUCACUUCGGGCUCUCUCCUCUUGUUCUCCGUUGUUUGAGAGAAUUAUCUCCUGUCUAUACCACAAACGCAGGAGUGACAGAAAGUUAGAUUUUCCUCUUGUUUUCUCGGCUGGCUUCCUUGCCAGCUGAAUCUCGUCGGAAUGGACCCAGCAAGCCGAUACCAAGUGUUGCACAACGAGGAUGACUCCUCAGAGGCCUCAACCAGUGAGCAGCAGCCUUGCACUUCUGACACAGCCCAGGCUGGUACAUCCAGCCAGGACCACAGUCAGGCCCAGGCCAGCCUGGCUGCUGCUGCUGCUGCUGAGGAGGCAUCAGGAUCACAGACUCAGGGGGAGGCGGAUGCACCUCCACCUCCUUACGCCUCCAUUGACCUAGGAGCAACCGCUGCAGCACCCGAGACUAGUUUCCGAGGUGACUUCCCAGUGCCUCCGCCCUACAGCGUCGCCACCUCACUGCCCACAUAUGAUGAAGCAGAGAAGGCCAAGGCGGCCGCCAUGGCUGCGUCCGCUGUGGAGGUGAUACCACGGGAUGAUGAAUUCCCUCCCAGAGACGAUUUCAGUGAUGCUGAUCAGCUGCGAGUUGGGAACGAUGGAAUCUUCAUGUUGGCCUUUUUCAUGGCCUUCCUGUUCAACUGGAUCGGGUUCUGCCUGUCCUUCUGUCUGACCAAUACCAUCGCAGGACGCUACGGUGCCAUCUGCGGCUUCGGCCUUUCCCUCAUCAAGUGGAUUCUCAUCGUCAGGUUCUCUGAUUACUUCACUGGCUACUUUAACGGGCAGUACUGGCUCUGGUGGAUCUUCCUGUUACUCGGUCUCCUGCUGUUCUUCAGGGGCUUCGUUAACUACCUAAAAGUCCGCAACAUGUCAGAGAACAUGGCCACCUCUCACAGAACACGCCUCUUCUUCCUUUACUAAAAGGUUUCUACACCACCAUCAUUCCAUUUCAGUGUGAAGUUCCUUCCCUCCCCCCUCAAAUGACCUGACCGAGGAGCCUUGCAGUGAAAAGAGGAGAUGGGGAAGGAAUAAAGGAAAAGACCAGGGAGAAAAUGUUACCAGUCUCAUUAAAAGCAUAACACGACUCACUCUGGGGCCUCUACUUCUGAACUGAACCAAAAACACAGUCUUUGAUGAUCAGAUUUCUCCCCUGGCUUUUGUUUUUUUGUUUUUCAUUUUCCUUUGAUUCAAAACUCUUUACUGCUCUGCGAUUGUGAGAAUAACCAAUCCCAGGUAUGUGUCAUGUUUCUCCAAAGCAGGAGUGCUUUUAAGAUUCAUAACUUAAGUCACACACACCAAACACUUGGUAUGAAAUGUGUACCAAAAUGAGAGGUGCAAUAUGAUACUGCAGAACCACUAAAUGAAAGCACAGUGAAACAAUGUCUUAAAUGAAGGAAAUGCAUACAAAUGAUACAAUACAAUUUACAAUUACAAUACAGUUUAGCUCAUUUGCUGUAUCACUGCUUUUCCCGUGUCAACAAACAGGGACAGCAUUGUUAUCAGCAUAUGACCUCCAACUUUGCCUUGUUUGUCUCUGACAUUUUGUGAUAAUUAUCAGGAAAGGAUAUUUUCUCCCCGCUGCUUUGCAAACAGUUUUAGCACCGGUGUUGCCAUUCCAUCUUUAUGUAAGUUCAGGGUAUUUUGGAAAAAAGUCUUAACUUUAAUCUUUAAUCGUGAUGUAGCAUUUCUAUGCCUUCGUUAACAUUUUGGGAGGCCGUCAAAAAAAAUUUGACAAAUUAAAAGGCGAGGUGGAAGAUUUUCGUCUUAAGGGGGCGUGUGAGGAAAACCAAAAAAAUAUGCAUGUAUCAGUUUACAUAUCACAAACCUGCAUGUGUGGUGUGUUGUUUUUAAACCAAACAACUGCUGUUGACCUUUUGCUUAAAUGUGACCAGGCUGGGUCAGACAUGGAAUGAAUUGAAUGAAUGAACUCUUUCUUUUUAGUGUCUCAUUAUUUGUGACAGUCAGUUAAACAGAGCCUUGGCCACUGAAGUUUGAGAUUUGAACGAGUUCAAACAGGAAACAACAUUACUAUGAUCUCUGAGCAACAGAACAAAUGCAUGGAAUAAUAAAUCAGAAGCUUUUAGAUGGAAAGGAAAUAGCCAGACACGCAUUAAAACGUCAGCUCAAUAAACUGCCCCUCCCUUAAUGACGGUUGUCACGCUGACCUGACCUAUGCAGCAAAAAUGUUCAUGGAUCAUGACAUUUUUACAUUUAGCACUGCUUGGCAUUUUUUCUGUUUGAAUCAAAGAAAAAUGAAAAGUUUCAAAUGCGCCAAUUUAACUACCAAAACCAAAAGCUACUCCCUUCCCCCUCUUUGCUGCAGUUUAUCGCAACAGAUCACCUGUGAAACAUGGAACACUGCUCUUUUCUUUACCCUUCUCCAACACACUGAUUGCCAUACGCAUCUGGUAAAACAGUCUCUGUAAGCUACCGAGGAGAGUGGCCAAUCGGGGGAGGCUCCUCAGAUGAAUCAGUGGGUUUUAUUUUGUUUUUAAGGCCACAGGCCGCUCCAGGCCAAUCAUAUGAAAAGUGGCCCUUAGGCAGGGCUGUGUGGGAGCUCGGCUUCGCGUGCCUCUCCUGCUUCGGUGCUGUGGAAGUGGACAUGAUCAUUUUUACCUACAGUGCAGUAGCUGUCAUGUGCCAGACUUGAGAAAAACUCUUUGGAAUACAAGUAUGCAAGUUAGUUCUUUGUAAUCAGCUGUGUUAAUCAUGGAUGUAAAGUCCUGUGAGUAUGGAACAGUUGAACAGUUCAGUCAUCAGACAUCAGGGUCAGUCCUGAGUGAGCUUUUUUGGAUAAAGCUGAGCAAGCGGCACAGAGGGGAAGAAGUGUCUGUGAGCGUUUGUAUGUGUGCUGUACACAUUUGCCAACAAAAUCAUUUUAAUUACUAGUAAAUCAGAGGAGAAUGCAAUGCAAUAAACCAAUUCAAAUGUGACUGGUUCUGCAUGUAGUGCACGAUUCAGAGAAACACUCUCUCUGGGAUUUUCUGAUUUAGAUUGGACUCUGGGUUUCUUCCUUUUUCUUUCCAUGGAGUGAGAAAGCUUUUUUUGUGAUGUGACAGCUUUUUUUUUUUUUUUAAAUUUGGUGAAGGUGGCUGAGAACUGAGAGCAGUACGAGAGUGGAUGUCAGUAACUGAUGAAAGUCGGGGUGGGGGGGGGGACUGUCCAGCAUGCAUGGACUUGGUAGUCCGUGCGCUCGCGUGCCAUGAAAAUAGAGCCUGACUGGACAAAGAAAACAAACAUGCUUAUUAUGAUUAUUUUUGUCAUCCAGAAAAUGAAGUGUAUAUACCAGCUUAUGCCAAUUCAUGAUAUUUGCACUUUGAAGAACUUCUGUACAGUAUGAUUUGUGAAAAUGCUUAACUUGGUGUGGUGGGUAGAGAAAAUUAAAAAAGAAAUAAUAAUCCCAGAAGUUAUCUUAGCCAUCCAAGUUUUAACUGGAAUUUGUAAAUCAUCCCAAAUGGAUAAUUUGCCUUUUGCACUUUUUAUUUUUCAUGAUGGUAAUAUUGUUAUCGUGUUUCAUCGCUUUUAGCCUAAACUGUGACAGCUUAAAUAUUGCCCUUUUUUUUUUUUUUUUAAAUGCUUUUCUUUCGUUGUUUUUUGACUCUGGUCAUAUCCCACUAAAGCCUCUUUCAGCAAUAGUAAGAUCUUUAACAAAUUAAAGCUCUGCUGCAUGAUUUAUCCACCCGAACAAGUGGGGUAAUAUUAGGAUUAAUCUAGUACAAAUACAUUUUGUUGUUUGUAAAUAAAGCAAUGAAAAAAAGAGAGAUGGUAGCCAUAUUAUUUUCUUUUUAUAGAAAAUAAUCCUUGAAGAUAAUCCUUGUAACAUCUCAUGACAACAGUUGUCAAGCAUUUAUUGUAACUGGAAUUAAAUUGACAGAUGAGGUCUUGCAAAAAAAUGCCAAUAAAGUUCAAAAGCCUGCUAGGAAAAUUUUA